UCUCGGCCAUCCUCGGUAGGUCGGGUUCCAGCUGCUGUGACCUGGUGGGCUAGUAGCAGUUGUGGUCCUUCUAGCUCUCCCCGCUCAUCCCCUCCCUACCUAAGUUACGUGGUAGAACCAUGGCUACAUGGCUACAGUUGGUAGCAGCUAGUCUAUCUCCCGGUGUCAAUGGUUGCGGGGUUGGACCUGGAGUUGGGCAAGCGGAGGGGCCAAGAGCGCCAACGCCCGCUACACCCCGGACAAGGGCAAGACACCAGGAAGACGCCGGCUCGGCCACGAGCUUGGAUUUUGCAAGGGACCAGAAGCAAGCGAUUCAUCCGAGUCAAGCCAGGGCCAUGGGAUGGGAUCUGCUGGCCGUGUUGGAAGUUGGAACCCCGUCACUCACUCACUCACUUCCGCGCCCGCUCCAUUCCUCGGUCCACCGGGCGAUAGUUGCCCUAGGCAUCUUGCGUUGAUCUCUGGGCAUGACGAUACGAUACGACGCGGCACGAUACUACGCAGCACGACACGACACGAUGGACGAUGCGAUAGGUAGCUUCCUCGAGGAGGUCCGAGACCCGACAGCAGCUGCGGCAAACAACACCCUGACG